AGAUGAACAUGCACACCAAGCCCGGCGUCACCUGUUGCCUGGGCUGAAACAGAAUGGCGUCGGGGUUGAGCUUGGCGCUACAGGGCUUGGCUUCCCCGCUGCCACCGUGGCACAUUCCGAGUCGGGCAAAUGAGAUGCAGUGAACGGCAGGAGCUCCGAACAGAAUUAUCGGGGCUAUUCCACUCAUGACGUAUUUGUCCUCCUUCCACUGGCAGUGACACGUCCAACCAGCGCCUGCCUCGUGCAUCUUCGGCCGUGUUCAGCUACCUCUUGGAGCUGGCUGAAGCGGCUGAGUCCCGACCCCGCGACCUCGCAUCGCUAGCACAGUGGCCACCUCUCCAUUGCCUACAGAGACACACACCUAAAGAAUGCCCGCCGCGCGUCAAUUCCUUUGCGUUAUAACGGAGAUUUGGCCCCUCAAUUGACAUUUGCUGCCAUCUCGCCCUUCGACACCCAGCUCAACUCGUGAUCGUUUGCAACGAGUACAAUUGCGACCAUGAAUUCGCUUCUGCGAGCCGUCAUUUCGGCGCUGGCUAUCGCCGCCGCUGCCGUGGCCCAAGAUGUCACAUGCGACGCCCUGAUUCCCGGCUGCACCACUGGCGACACCGCCGUGUCCGUGCCCGUGUCUAGCGUUGAUGGCACCGUCAGCGCGCCUGAGCCCGCACUGACGUCCACCACGAGCACCGAUGACGGCGCCGCCACCAACACGGCGGUCUCCGGCCCGGCGCUCACCGCGUCCCCGUCGCUGCAAUCCGUGUCGGGCUGCGCGGCCGUUGUCAGCACCACGGACAUUUGCAGCACCUGCGUCACGGCCGACUGCAUCAUCCUCGCCACCAUCACCGUCAACACCAACUGCGGCUGCCCUGCUACACCUGCUACCAUUUAUUCGUCGCACCCCUGCGCGCUCGGCUGCGGCGGCCUCGGCUGCGGCACGGCCUACACCGUCGUCACGGCCACCGGCAUCGAAGGCUGCGGCGUCACGGCUGUUGGUCCCAACCCCACCGAAGCGACCACCACCAGCGGCGGUCUGAACAAUACCACUCUCGCGACGCCCUCUAAGCCGCCCACCACUGCCGUCGUUAGCUCCGCCGGCGCUGGCCGGCUGACGCCAUUCAACCUGUGGUGAUGGCGCCUUUUGCUGCUGAUGUGGGUGAUGAUCAAGGUGGUUGUUAUCUUUUGGCCUCGGGUUGGUCGUCGCAUGAUCGAAUAUGGUCCAUGGCAAAAUAUAUUCUUUUAAACUUGUAAAAUGGACGGAGCAAGAUAGAGAAAUAUGUUGCACUGCCUGCAGCUUGGUGAUGUGUCUCUCGCACACUGUGGUCUUAUGCAGUAUUCCUCUAACCUCCGACGAUUAAAUUGCCAUCGAUAGUCAAUUCAUAGGAUCAGGCUAUGAGGGAUUUGUCGGCCGACGCCGUUGCUCUUGGUAGUAGAUGCCAGUGGGCUUUUAUUGGAUCUAUUUGCGCCUCAAUGGCUGCAGGUCGAUUGUGUGGUGGCGGUGUAAAGUCAUCCAUCAGCUGAAGCCGGUCGGGCUCAUAUCUCUCACCGUGCCAUCAUACGUCCUGUUUCUACCAGAC